GGCGGACCAGCACGGUCGUAGCCAGAGUCGUCAGACGAGACACUGGAUACAGACAACAACAGUGACAGACCGAGACCGCAUUUCUGUUUGCGUUCAGCUAUGGGUGUAGUCUGAGAGGUGGAUACAGUAGCGCACCGCAACUUACCUCGAAGUUUUAUCCUCAUGAAGGAGCUCCGUCCUGGCUGAGUUAGGGAGAUGGGAGUACUCAACAUUGCAGACCAGCCUCCUCUGGUCCAGGCCAUCUUCAAUCGUAAUGCCGAAGAACUUCAACUAUUAUUGCACAAAAAGGAAGAUGUCAAUGCACUGGACCAUGAGCGCCGUACGCCACUUCAUGCUGCUGCCUGCGUGGGUGAUGUCCAUAUAAUGGACCUCCUCAUUGAAUCAGGUGCCAGUGUAAAUGCUAAAGACCAUAUAUGGUUGACCCCUUUGCACAGGGCAGCUGCUUCCAGGAACGAGAGGGCAGUGGGUCUGCUGCUCAGGCGUGGGGCCGACGCCAAUUCACGAGACAAGUUCUGGCAGACCCCGCUGCAUGUGGCCGCCGCCAACCGUGCCACGCGCUGCGCAGAGGCCCUGCUGUCCCAGCUGAGCAAUCUGAACAUUGCAGAUCGCACCGGCCGAACUGCUUUGCACCAUGCAGCUCAGAGUGGGUUCCAGGAGAUGGUGAAGCUGCUGCUGAACAAAGGGGCCAACCUGAGUGCCAUUGAUAAGAAGGAGAGACAGCCUAUCCAUUGUGCUGCUUAUUUGGGGCAUUUGGAGGUGGUGAAGUUGCUGGUGUCUCGCAGUGCCGACAAGAGCUGCAAAGAUAAGCUGGGUUACACACCUCUCCAUGCUGCUGCUGCCAGUGGUCAUAUCGAAAUUGUAAAGUACCUACUGAGGAUGGGGACAGAGAUUGAUGAGCCCAAUGGCUUCGGGAACACUGCGCUCCACGUGGCUUGCUACAUGGGGCAGGAGGCUGUGGCUACAGAACUGGUCAACCACGGAGCUAAUGUUAACCAGCCCAACAAGUGCGGCUACACCCCUCUGCACUUGGCGGCCGUCUCUACCAACGGUGCCCUCUGCCUGGAACUGCUGGUCAACAAUGGGGCGGAUGUCAACCAGCAGAGCAAAGAAGGAAAGAGCCCCCUGCACAUGGCAGCCAUUCAUGGACGCUUCACCCGCUCUCAGAUUCUCAUCCAAAAUGGUGGGGAUAUUGAUUGUGUGGAUAAGUAUGGCAAUACCCCCCUCCACGUUGCUGCUAAGUACGGCCAUGAACUGCUGAUCAGCACUCUGAUGACCAACGGAGCAGACACGGCCAGACGUGGGAUCCAUGGAAUGUUCCCCUUGCACUUAGCUGUGCUGUACGGGUUUUCAGACUGUUGUCGCAAGUUACUCUCCUCAGGUCAGCUGUAUAGUAUAGUUUCAUCUAUGAGUAAAGAGCACGUACUAUCGGCUGGGUUUGACAUAAACACCCCUGACAACUUUGGGAGGACCUGUCUACACGCUGCUGCCUCUGGAGGGAAUGUUGAAUGUCUGAACUUGCUCUUAAGUAGCGGUACCGACCUGAAUAAGAGGGAUAUAAUGGGAAGGACCCCGUUGCACUAUGCGGCUGCAAAUGGGAGGUACCAGUGCACUGUGACCCUGGUUAGCGCUGGCGCUGAGGUCAACGAGUCUGACCAGACGGGUUGUACUCCCCUGCACUACUCUGCCGCCUCCCAAGCCUUCAGCAGAGUUGAUCGUCAUUUUUCUGGGAACCAUCAGAACGAUGAGGAUGAGGCAAAGGAGUCUUACUUCUGCUUGGAGCAUCUUUUGGACAAUGGUGCUGAUCCAUCAAUGGUCAACUCUAAAGGUUACAGUGCAGUUCACUAUGCAGCUUACCACGGCAACAAACAGAACCUGGAGCUGCUUUUGGAGAUGUCUUUCAAUGCACUAGGAGACAUAGAGAGCAGUAUUCCCGUCAGUCCGUUGCAUCUUGCUGCUGAUAAGGGCCACUGGCAGGCUCUGCGAGUGCUCACCGAGACGGCGGCCUACGUGGACAUGCAGGACGCCGCCGGCCGCUCUGUGCUCUACUUGGCCGCCCAGAAAGGCUACACGCGUUGUGUGGAGGUGCUUUUGGCUCAGGGGGCCUCCUGCCUGCUCAAUGACAACUGUCUCAUGUGGACUCCCAUUCACGUCGCAGCUGCCAACGGUCACUCAGACUGCCUGCGCAUGAUGAUUGAUUAUGGGGAGGAAGGCGAUCUCACCAACGUUGCUGACAAAUUUGGCCAGACCCCACUGAUGCUCGCUGUUCUGGGAGGUCACAUCGACUGUGUUCACUUCCUUCUGGAGAAGGGUGCCUUGCCAGACGCUAAGGACAAGAGGGGCAGCACGGCUUUGCACAGGGGGGCGGUGUUGGGCCACAAUGACUGUGUAACAGCCCUGCUGGAGCACAAAGCCUCUGCAUUAUGUCGGGACACCCAGGGUAGGACUCCUCUGCACUACGCUGCCUCCAGAGGCCACACAGAGAUACUGGCCGGUCUGGUGCAGGACGCCAUGGCAACAGACCCACAAGAUAAAUUGCUGGACAACAAACAAUACACCCCAUUACACUGGGCUGCUUACAAAGGGCACGAAGACUGUUUGGAGGUUUUACUUGAAUUCAAAACAUUUAUCCACGAAGAAGGAAAUCCUUUCACCCCCCUGCACUGUGCUCUGAUGAAUGGCCACAGUGGUGGCGCAGAGAGGCUGCUGGAGUCCGCCGGGGUCCACAUGAUUAACAUCAGAGACGCCAAAGGAAGGGCCCCGCUGCACGCCGCCGCGUUCGCAGAGGACGUGGCAGGACUGCAGCUGGUGCUUCGCCACGGAGCAGAGAUCAACGCAGUGGACGAAAGCGGACGCUCUGCCCUGAUGGUUGCCGCCGACAAGGGACACAGCGGCUCCGUGGCCAUCCUCCUCCACCGGGCCAAGGCUGAUCUGACUCUGCUGGAUGACAACAGGAACACUGCCCUGCACUUGGCCUGCAGCAAGGCCCACGAGAUGUGCGCUCUGCUGAUUCUUGGCGAAAUCCACAGUCCCACUCUCAUAAACGCAACCAACAGUGCUCUGCAAAUGCCCCUCCACCUCGCAGCCCGUAACGGCCUGGCCACGGUGGUGCAGGCGCUGCUGAGUAGAGGAGCCACGGUGCUGGCUGUGGACGAGGAAGGCCACACCCCAGCUCUGGCUUGUGCCCCCAAUAAAGAUGUGGCUGACUGCCUGGCUCUGAUCCUAUCUACCAUGAAGCCUUUCCCCCAGCGGGACCCUUCCUCCUGCUCCUGCUCCUCUCCCACCGUCUCCCCCUCCCCGGGUCUCAACUUGCUGAAGCACUGCGGCAUCACGGCCGCCUGCUCCCCGCUGCCCAGCAACGGCCUCCACAACGGCUACGUCAAAGAUCGCCACGGUGCACCGGUGGGCCUGGACGGGUGCCUGUCCGAGUGAGGCCUCGCCCACACCACCACCACCACCACCACCAGGGGGCGACUACCUUUAACAUGGGCCGUGAGGACCAGGAGAGCACCCACCCACAUGUCUGUUUUCUCUGUAUGUACGUGUUUGUGCGUCUGUGUGAGCGUUUGGUCUUCUCUUGAGGUGCAGUCAAACUUAAUAUGCAAUUAGAUCCUACUCCUCCAUCUCCUAGUAGUGCUUAAUACACAGAGGCAGGUUGCUCUACAAGGUCACUCGGAAUGAGAUGAGGCAUUUAGAAUAAACACUAGCAAUCUGGCCAUCUCCAAAUCAUUUAACCCUUUAAAACCAUGCCGACGUGCGUAUAUAAGCAAACAUUAAAGAGCAUGGACAUGUCUGUAUCAAAUGUCUUUCUUUCCAUAUCAUUUUUGACGAGACGUCAUAUCAUGUUUGAUCACAUGUGACCUUGUAGAGGAACGUCCAGCCUUCCCAAAAGAAUGAUCAAGGAGUUCAUUUUUGGGGGGAUUUUUUUGGUCUUUUUUUUGUUAGCCUAGAUUUUAUUUUAAUUUUUUUAUGAAGGAACCACACAAGGGAAAGUCUAAAAUUUGAAAGUGCAAUGUAUUUUUUUCUUUCUUUCUUUUCUUUUUUUCAGUACAAUCUGAAAUUUGGAAAAGGGUCACAAAGAUGUUAAAUCUAUAGCGUACUUUAAACGUGCGGCCUGGAAUUAUUUGGCAUUUUGGGAUAAUUUGGUAAUGCUGCUGAACUCAUGAGCGCGUCUCUUUCCAAAGGAGAUGCCACGUUGCGGUCAGCGUCGUAACAUCCUCACAUUCUUUAUGCUGACCACCAUUUUUUUUCCUUUUUUUUUUUUAAAGAUGCUAAAUAAGUGUUUGUUAAGCUAGAAUGUUUCUAAGCAUAUAAGUUAUGACCAAAGUUGAUCAACACUACUAUGGCUAUAAAUUAUUUAUUUGAGAUGAACUGUACUGUAUAGAGAAAGACAAUAGAUCUCGAUAUACCUCGUCAACUCGUUUAGCAGCUGCUUCAUCUUCACCCAGGGUCCGUAGGCCUAAUGUUCUCUUUUUGUAGGACUAGAGAACUACUGUAGGAUAGUGACUGACUGAGGCCUUGUUUAUUUCUAGAUGAAGGCUUUACUAGUAAUAUCUGCCAACAACACCUCAUCAAAGCAUCAUAUAUCUGAGCACAUAAAUGAACAAGCCAUUUCAAUUUGUUUCCCCAUCUCUUUAACAGUGUUUUUUAGGAGAAGAUUUCAGAAACUGAAUGGCCUGGUUAUUGAAAGAGUAAUUAAGGGGGGGAAAAAAAGAAUUUCCUUCUUCUUUGGAAUUUUAGGCACUAAAGACAUUUCUUUGUGUACUUUUUAUUCUUGGUGUUUUUUUUGUUUUUUUUAAGUAGGCCAUCGGCGUUGGGAGCAUUUCUCGGAGCCGGUGAAAUUGUCUUAACCCAACAGUUUUGAAUUGACGCGUCUCUCGGUGGUGAACUCCGGUCAGUUUGAACAGGUAGAUUAUCUUCUGCUUUUUUCUUCUUCUUUUUUUUUUUUUUUCAUUGGGUCGGUUUUCAAGCAAUAUAUAUAUUUUUUGGGCCUUUUGGUUUUUUGAGCAUUAAAUGAAUAGACAAUCACUGUCACAAGGGCUUUUGUUUCCCUAGAAUGUGUUUUGAUUUUUUUUUACGUCUUGUUUUUUCUUCCAUUAUCUCAUGAAAAUUUUACCUAAAGACUAAACGAAUGGCUCUGUGCGUGCCGGGCAUUUUACUGUCAGUGUCAACCUAAAUGCACUGGAUUGCCUUUUUGGCGUCUCAUGAAAUGCCUUUUGACCCAUGCCUUCUGUAACGCAUUAUUUCAGUCGGAUUGCUCAGUGGCAGAGGGAGAUGACGAGUCCUGAUAAUUACCUUGCCGCCCAUCUGACACCAACAGCAUUUCAGUGUGAUUGCGCCACUGUAUCUAGUGGAAAAGAAGGAAAGGAAAAAAAAAAGUUCAAAUUUGCCCGGCUUAACUUAACGAUCCGGCAUUACUGAUGACCAGGGAGUCGAAAUCCCUAAAAGAACCAUAUAGGGCUAUGGAAAGGAGAGGGAUCUUUGCUUUGGCCAAUACCUGUUUAGAUUUCAGGAAUAGCAGAAAUCCAAAUACAUGCUUUUUGUUAUUCAUUUUCUUUGUUUUUCUUCUUCUUUUUUUUCAUCCCAUUUUUCUGGUACUAAGUAUACUAAAGAUGAUUGUAUCGGACCACUAGAGCUGUUUGUGACUUUUAGAUGUUAUAUCUAUGCUAUUUAGUUGUCUUUUAGGAAAAACCAACAAACCAUCGGACGAUGGUUAGAUUACACUGAGUCAGAUUGUUUUCAUUGGCAUGAUAACUUCAUAUCUGCUGGUAAUGAAGUGGCACAAUUGCACACGUUAUUUGACUGGAUGAGAGGACCUAGACCAGGCCGUUGCUAAGUAGUCCUCACAAAAAAGGCUUUCACGCGAGCACAUUUAAGCUCGGCUAUUCCUCGAACUUUACAAAGAUCCUUUUCAGAGCAGCAAUUUCCAAGAGUAAGUGAUUAGAUAGGAGGCAGACGCCUCAUUUAGUUUGGCCUCUGUCACUGUCUGAAUCGAAACAGAACUAAAUGGCGAACUAUAGCCUUUUAUUGUGUUGAGCGGGAAUGGGUACAUACUUGCUUUGUAAUCUCAGGAUCUGCACUAAAGCAGCUGGCAGAGUUGACUAAAUCCAAUCAAGUGGCCCGCAGGAUGAUUACGUCGAAAGUUUUUUGGAUUUUAUUUAAUUUUUUGGAUAGGACGUUCCAUGAGUUGAUUCCUCUUUAGCUCUCGAUCCCGCAGCACUUAAUUAGGUAGUCGAGCACGCACUUUAGUACAUUCAGGUUCUAAGUGUGCAAAGCGGAGCAGGAGUGUAAUGUAUGUACCUUUUGUUUACAUGCACGUGUGUUGCUGCUGAAAACAGGAAAGAACAGUUGCAAAGGCUGCAACGUAAUUGUACUCCGGUGAUGCGUCAUUAAAACAAACGACAGCUACAACAACAACAAAAAAAGAAAAAAAAAGAAAAAACAAAUGGACAAAAAAACGGUGUCUUGAAGCACUUCUGGACAGUAUCACUGCCCGAUGACUUGUUUGUAUUAUCUGUUUCUGGCCAGGUCUCAUUACCCCCCCAACCCCACAGCUUCCUGAUCACAAUCCAGACUCUGGCCUAAGUGACCCAAAGUCACUCUAGUUAUUUAACUGACACCUCAGGCAGGCUCCACUAAGCACUCUUCAAACUCUUUCUGCCAUCGGUAGGUGCUAUCAAGCCAGCCUGUAGACUUCUUUUUUUUGGGGGGGGAUGUCCUUAUAUGUCCAGCAAAUGGAGCCGUUGCCCCAUGCAAAGAUACAAGACCCAACUUAUUUUUUCUUUUUUUUUAAUUGCAUCACAGUUUUCUUAUACUUGUUUUUUUUUUUUAUUUAUUUAAUUUGUGUGUACCCGUGAUACCAGUGAUUGUGCAUCCCCGUCAAACAAAUGGAGCAUAAACAAUAUCUUUGGAGUCAAUAGACAGAAAGCAAUGAAAAGGUCCAAUUGUAGCAAUAGAGAGCGCGUGCGUGUGUGUAACAGUGUGCAGCACAAAUAUUGCACUGCCAUCCGUUCAGGCCAAUCUAGUAAAUCAUCGUAGAAAAUGCCAAUGGAAGAUUCAAAAAGCGGGUUAGACGUCAUGAACCUUGGUCACAAUUGAGGCCGGUUUGCCAAAACGUGUCUGUGAGAGGGAACCCUCUUGGUAAAGCAGCAACGGAUUUAUGCAUAUGUUCAAGCAGUUUACAGUCUGACCAUCAAAUCUGAGCCAUGAAUUUCCUGACUGAAAUGAAUGUAGGGUCAGUUUAGAGCUGGACAGUUUGCGUUUCAACCCGACUUUAAACUGUUGCUCUUCAUUUGUCUUGCAUAGAUAUGAUGAUACAGGUAGCAUGUAGUAAAAGAGUUCUACUUAUUGUAAUGUAUGUGUAGUAGUCUUCCUGCAUUGAAGGUCUGGAUAUGUGUAGGUUCUCCCUCCCCUUUCUCCCUUUUUCUUUUUUUUUUCUUUUUUGUUGGUUUAAAUGGUGUUCUGGGCCUGCUUUUGUGUGACGUCACCCCUUUCUCUGUACGCGCAUCCGUUUAUUUGUGACGAGUGAAGCCUGCAAGGCGAAGGGAGAACAAGAGUUCCGAUGAAUUUCAAACAUUCACGUUCAUCCAUUGCAUGGAGAUUGCCUUACAGUACAGUGAACUGAGAGACAAAAAGGGUCUACAUUAGAUAGGAUCACACAAACUCGUAAAUAGCCUAUAUUUGACAAAAUGCACCUAAGCUACACCCAUUUAGUGCCAUAGAAAACCUUGAUUUGCCUUUAGACAUGAAUCAUAUAUACUUGGUCAGUAACAUAUUCAGACAUAGGCGGGAUUAUUACAGUUUUGUGUUAGGAGCUGCAUGUCUCUUCACCAAUUAUAUUAGUCAGAAGGUAGCUAUAUAAACCUUUGCAUGGGAUAUUAGUGCUUAAUUGCGAGUUUUCUGUUUCGAUUUUUGGUGUUUGUUAGAAGUGUCUUAUAAUUGGACAUCUUUUAAAGCCAAUAGGUAGUCCCCUUUGGUAUUGGCAAAGCAAUUCAUAGGUUGUUAAGCAAGUUGGUUUAUAAUGUGAGUGUGUUAAAUAGAGGGAAAUCUUUAGUUUUUGUUGUUGUUUCUGGAUGUCCACAAAAAAGAAAAAAAACAGCGAAAAAGAAGCAUGAAAUAUACAAUAUAGAAUUGAAUUGCCUCAAUGGAUGUCUUGGUUCUUACUUGAAGUCGAUGGCAAAUUUCAAUUCAACUCUGAUCCACUGUUGAGCCUUUUGCCUUAAAAGCUGAAAUCGAAAAAUGACAACCUGGCCGAACCUGUUAACGUUACAUCACCUGUAGAGUUAUUGCUACUUGGUUUGAUUGCUUACUAAACAUUUUGGGGGUGGGGGGGGGGGGAUUGGCGACUACUUUUGGUCCUACAGACAUCUCUAGGUGUCGAGAAGCACAUAUAAAUGGAGGUAGCACAUAGCUCAAGGUUGCCAUGGUGCAGAGAUUGUUCGGAGAGGUCGGGAUCUCGCCAUAUUUUCCACUGUGAAUGAAUGAAUGAAUUCAGAAUUCACUCGUAAACAAUCAGCCGCGGCUCCUCUGCGAUCCAGAGCCAAACCACACUGGGAGUUGAUCUUGAGAAAAAAACCAUUCGGACCGAAAGGAUGCUUGCACAGAGUUGAAAUCUAGCGAUCCGUCUCGUGGGUUGUGUAUCAGCCUAAAUCGGCCCGCCCCCUCGCGGAGUUGUGGCCAUUAGCGUCAGCAGAUGUCUCGUGUUUCCUACCUGAGGAAAGGGGGGGGGGCAGCCCGCUGCACCUCCUCCUUUUUUUAUUUUUAUCGGACCUGCAGUUUUACCUCAUCAGUGAUCUUUAGUGUGACGAUGCUGACAUUGAUCCUGCGUGGUGUGUUCUCGUGUUUUGUUCUGUUUGCUUUCACGGAACGACUCUUGUAGCGUGUGUGCGUGUAUGCAUGUCCUACCUUAACAUGCACAAGCCCCAAUAGCGCAUAGUUGCCCUGUCUGGACACGUUUGUUUUGUUUUGUUUUGUUUUUUCUCCUUCAGUACAAUCAACAGACGAGUCUGUUUUCACACACAGGAAAGAGUGCAGCGUUAGGUCAGCUGGGAACCGAAGGUAGCUAUAAAACUUUACCUCUGUAAGUCGAAACAAUACUGUAUGACUAAUGAGUUUGACCGCCUUCCCAGCCUGAACACUCGGUUUAUAAACCCCCCCACCCCUCCCCUCCACCACCAAUAGGACCUGUGUGGUAUCAAGCACAGCGGUGGCAAGGUGCCUUUUAUUUGUUUGGUCUUCCAUUUGUAUUUCCCAGAAGCCUUAUAAUGGGAAAAAAGAAAUUUCACUGAACAUACGACUUCAGUAAGUGGACACAUACUCCCUCUGAGCAUUAUUAUUAUCAUUGUGACUUCAGUUCUGUGUGAUAUCGAUCUAAAAAAAUAAUAGCCUAAACAACUCCCAUUCUGCAUUCCCAGUGCUCUCUUUGGUGGCAGAAAGAGGUUGCACUUUGCGCAUGUGACUAUAUAUAUUUUUUGGGUUUUUGUUUGGUUUUGUUCGGGCCACAUCAGACGGUGAAUGAAUGGGGAUCGGUAGUUCGAAAGCACAAAUCCAAAGAAGGCACCUCGGGGACUCGGUGGGCUCUCCAAACAAUGAGAAGCAAAGGAGCGAAUAGACCAAAUUUAAGGGGAGGGAAGAUAAAAAAAACAAACAUCUCCUUCGCGCGGAGAACGCGAGGCUCGAUUGUCAGUAACACACGAACUGUAGAGACCGUCGUCUGGGGGGGACGGAGCCGCGUCUGGCUGUCCGGCGUCCGAGCGGGCGGCCUGGUGUCCGAGCGGGCAGCCUGGUGUCCGGCAUCUGAGCCGCGGGACCUGCAUUUGACAGCAAACUUAGGUGAUCUGCUCGUCGUGACUGUGUUGCUAAUAGAUUGUGGAGAAUGUUUGGUGUUUUUAUUUAGUUUUUUUUCCCGUUGUUUUUUAUUUUUAUUUUCCUCUUUUAGAGUAGGGUAUUAGUAGGAUUGCAGUAGUAGCUGUGUGCAGUGUUAAUAACUGUGUGAUCAUAUUAUAGAAGUGACGUGACAUUUGUUGUCUUACCACAUUAAGGCAUGAAUUAUCUUCUGUCAAGCUGACCUCUUCUGAAAUAGAUUAAAAAGUGCAAUAACUUUUUGUUUAUCAUCGCUUCCUCAGU